CAGUUCUUCAACCUCACCAAUUUCAAUGCUCCGGGGUCGCCAUGCCUAUCCGCAUGAAAUGGAAGCCAUCACAUCUGGUGCGGCCAGAGGCUCGAACGACCUCAGAUGCCAGUCGCAUCACCAGAAGAUCAUAUUUGUGUCGAAAACCGCCUCUACUAAAGGGAGGAGCGGUGAUCCAUUUAGAUUCUCCAGAUGAAGCUGCCGUUGGCAACGACAAUCUGGAUGAGGUACAGCCGAAGCGAUUGCAUAGCUGGGCAGGUCAUGGCUAUCGAGCGCGCUUUGGGGUGAAGGUUCCCUUCACCAUCUGCGCCUGCUGCGUUUUGCCUCCCGGCGGGAAUUUGGCCACGGCUGGAGAGGAUGGGACUGCUUGCAUAUGGAACGCCAAAGAUGCGAAGAAGCUUUUUGAGAUCCGAGCUCAUGAGGGCGGGGUCUUGUGCAUUGUAUCCUUCCCAAACGGGAAAUGCUUCUUAACUGGCGGCUGCGAUGGGUAUGCCAAGAUUUGGAAGUUUCAGAGUGCCAAGCCGAGUCUAUUUGGCUGCUUGAACCAUGGGUUCGCUGUGACCGGUGCAGUGGUUUAUCCGGAUGCUCGACAGUUGCUGAGCCUGGGUCUGGAUGGCGUUGCAAAGGUCUGGCGCGUCGAAAACGAGGAGUUUUUAUGUCAAGGUGGUGCUGGCCUGAGUGCCCUCGGCAUCUCACGUUUUGGUGGCAAUAUCUUUACUGCGAGCCUGGAAGGAAGCAUUGAACGAUUCUCCGAUGAUGGGAAGCAGCUGUCAGUUUGGGAUGGCCAUGUUGGGCCUAUUAAUGUCAUCAUAGUAUUUCCAGACGAAUCCCGGGUGCUGACAGCCGGGGAAGAUGGCCUGACGAUUGUGUGGUCCAUGUCGGGCACUCGCCACAUCAAGCUGGGGCCAUUUGAUUCCCCUGUCCUUUGUGCAGAUGUGUCGGCCUGUUGCCAGUGGAUCCUCACGGGUUUCAAGGACGGCACAGCGCGCUUGUUCAAUGCGAGUUCUGGCAGCAUGCAUUGCAGCUGGCAGUUGGGGCAGAAGGCCACUAGGGCCAUCAGCCCAAACGCAACAUUGGAAGAAGCGGAGAAAGGUCAACUGGAAACCCAUCGAGUUCAGGCCUGUUGCUUCAUCCCGGCCGAGUCCUGCUUCCUACUGGCUGGCGCCUUUGGGAUGCAGGUCUGGCAUUUUCCCGUGGUGGAGACCAUCGACUGAGACGCCAGGCCGCCAGGGCCUGAAAGUGGUGCGGCCCUGCGAAAGGCCGGGGGAUAGGGAAGAAUGUCCGGAAACCUGGAUUUUCCCAUAGUUGUACUAUCACUAAAACAUACUUAAUUUCCUGGCAGCAAGGAAUAAGCACAAACACUCGAUAUUGAUGUUUAGGUGAAUGAUGGUGAAUGUAUAGAGGUCGUUCUUGUCAAUUGUUCUUUCAACCCAUGGAGCGCGGAUGGUCAAGUCCUAUGGAGGAUGUUCCUGUUACCUGCAGGAUGAUCAAAGUGCCGCUGGCGCCCAGAGAAAA